AUGCCUCUCAACGAUGACCAGAACAGUGAUUCAGAUUCUUCACGCCUCUCUGAAAGCACAGCUUCUUCUAGCGACUCUGAAUAUUCAAGACAGAGCUUUAACAGUGAUUCUUCAAGCAAACCCAGUUCCCCAGCGUCAGCAAGCCCUCCCAAGGUUAUUACGUUUGAUGAACUGAUGGCAGCUGCAAAAAAUUUGACAGACUUGACUCUAGCUCAUGAAAUUGCUGUAAAUGCAAAUUUUUGCAUAAAACAUGAAGACUUCCCGCAGAACAGCUUUGCAGGCACAGUGAAACAAAUUGUACACAAGGCAUUUUGGGAUCAUUUGGAAUCAGAACUGAACGAAGAUCCUCCAGAAUAUGAACAUGCUAUCAAGCUCUUUGAGGAAAUUAAGGAGAUUCUUCUUUCCUUCCUGACUCCUGGAGCAAAUAGGAUUCAAAAUCAAAUUUGUGAAGUUCUAGAUACAGAUCUUAUAAGACAGCAGGCGGAACAUAAUGCUGUUGAUAUUCAUGGGCUAGCUAACUAUAUCAUCAACACUAUGGGAAAGUUAUGUGCUCCAAUAAGAGACAACGAUAUAAAACAGUUAAAAGCAACUGACAAUAUUGUAGAAUUACUGAGACAAAUAUUCCGUGUUUUGGACCUGAUGAAAGUGGAUAUGGCUAAUUACACAAUUCAAAACCUUAGGCCAUACCUUCAGCGUAAUUUGGUGGACUACGAAAGAACAAAAUUCCAGGAAAUCCUUGAAGAAACACCAAGUGCCCUGGAUCUCACAACAGAAUGGAUAAAGGAAUCAAUAGAAGAUGAAUUGUCAUCUGUUUCUGAUGAAUCUUCGUCAUCCCCUGGUGCUGAUAGUAGUUCCAAACGAAUUAUUAGUCCUACCCUGGUGCUAAACAACGGCUACUUGAAACUGUUACAAUGGGAUUAUCACAAAACAAUUCCAGAGACUCUAAUAACAGAUGAAGUUCGUCUUCAGGAGUUGAGAGAAAAGCUCAAUCAAUUAAAAAUCAUAGCUUGUGUUUGUCUCAUAACAAACAAUAUGGUGGGUGCAGCAAUUGUAGAUGUGCCUGAUUUUGCUGACCAACUGAAAAGGAUCUCUAUUCCUCUUCUUGAAGGCAUGAACAAGAAAACUUUCGAUUUGAAGGAGGCUUUGAAUGCUAUUGGUGUCCAGAUUUGCAGCAAAGUGAACAGGUCUCUAGCUGAAAGAGGUCUUCCCACUCUUAGUGAAGAAAUGCAAAGUAAUUUAAUGGGUCAAAUUGCUCAUAUUGUUGAGGACAACAAUCCUGUCAGUUCCUUGAUUGGUUAUAAAAUACCGGGUCAACUAAGAGUAAGGAAAUGUUGUUUACCUAUAGAUGGUGUUCUUGAUACACUGCAGAGCAUGAGUUUUCAGAAGUGUAUGCCUGCUAUGCCAGGAGGCCUUUCUGUGAUUCAGACGGAGAUGGAGUUUGUUGGAUCUCAGUAUGCGAGCAUUGUAAACUUUAACAAACAAGUGUAUGGACCAUUCUAUGCAAACAUACUUAGAAAACUACUUUUUCCUGAGGCAGCAAUGGGGAAAGAAGAAACAGAAACACCUACCAAUUAA